AUGUUGCGAAUGCUCGGCGUGGCGCGCCGUGCGGCGGCACGCCCCUCGGUGAUGGCCGUGCCUCGGCAAUACGCACUUCCUCUCUACAAGGCCUACUCGACCGUUCCCAGCAAAGCGUGUGCGGCGUGUGGCGCGACGAACGAUGCGGCGGCGCUGCAGUGUGGCGCGUGCCAUGCCCUGCAGCCGGUGCCGAGCGAGGUGGACUACUUUUCGAUCCUCGGUGUCCCCCGGUCGUCUGUCCCCGGCAAUGGCUGGAAGGUUGACCCGAAAGAGCUCAAAGCGCAGUGGCGCAAGCAGAUGGCGGUGACGCAUCCCGACCGCCUUGUCGCGCGCCCCGACAAGGAGCAGCAGAUCGGCGCGCAGCAGAGCGCGAUUGUGAACAAAGCGUACGAGACGCUUGUGCGCCCCCUCGACCGUGCGAUCUACCUGCUGGAAAUUGCUGGUGCCGGCGAUGUCGAGGAAGGCGCCUCGCUCGAGGACCCCGAGCUACUGAUGGAGGUGUUGGAGCUCCAAGAGGCGCUGAGCGAGGCCGAGGACCGCGCGACGGUCGAAGAGGUCGGUGUGCAGAACGAAGCGCACCUCACUCGCGUCCUUGGCGAGCUCGAUGGGGCGUUUGAGGCUACGCCGCUCGACACCGACCGCAUCAAGAACCUCGCGGUGCAGCUGCGCUACUGGACCAACAUUGCCAAGGCUGUGCAAGAGUGGCAGCCUGGUCAGCGCGUAGAAUUGCAUCACUAG